CACCAGAGCCCAAGCUCUCGACUCCCACUGUGUUCGACCCUUCCCCUCAUAUUUCACCCGACGAAAACAUCGACCAGGAAAACCGAGAAAAGACUACAGCAUGGCUUCUACUCUCGCCGUCUCCCUCAGGGCCCUGACUCUCAGCACCGCCCGCGCAACGAUCCCCCGCGCCGCCAGCACUACGGCAGCAGCCACGGCGACGCGCGCCCUCUCGACGGCGAUCCUGACGAAGCAGCCGGCGCAAAAGAGCGAGUCGAUGCUCACGCAGGUCGGAAAGAGUGCCUCGGGCGUGGUGAAUGCCGUGGUGCAGCAGACGAGGGGGAUGAAGGUGCACAGCUCCGUCAAGAAGAGGUGUGAGCACUGCAAGAUUGUCAGACGCAAGGCGGGCAAGAGACAUAACGGAUACCUGUACGUCAUCUGCAAGGCGAACCCCAGACACAAACAGCGCCAGUCAUAAGAGAAUCUUUGGUUCUUGGGACUAGAGAAGGAUACUAUCAACGGAGCCGUGUGUAUGAAGACCUUGUACCAUACAGAAGAGGAGGGGCGAGAGGAGCUCAGAGCUUGGUGUCAAGGGGCAUUGGGCGAGCGAUAGCAUGUGAGGAUGUUGCGACUGUAGACAAGUUUUGAGAGACGACCAUGGGAUCGAUACCAUUGUCCCACUGGAGUUUUAGAAAGAUCCCCCUCCAUCACUGGGCACCUUGCAAGCUGUAGAAGCAAAUGGCAGCGAGGAUUAGACCUUUUGUGGUGUGUAUUAUACAAAGAUUCUUUUUACUGGUUUUACAAUGAUGAGAAAGAAGUCUACAUUCCGUCAACGUAUCGUUCCAUGCCCUGCCACUCCGUCUUGCCUGUUGAGAUGAGAUAGCGGAUAUGUCCCUAGAGCAGGGUAUUGUCAGUCCUGUAUGA